CAAACACGGACACACGCAUCCACCAAAAUUAUAGUUCACGACAGCUGUUUGCGUUCCGAGAGGAAUAAAGCAAAGCUCCCCCUCGCAAGCCUUAAAGAAGAGGCAAGAAAAACAAGGCCCACGAUCGAACAGCUCCAGAAGUCACGCGUUUCCUUCUUCCCUGCUGGAGUAGUUCGAGAAUGGCGGCGGGUCGGCUUCGGAAUGAGAAUUCGAACGGGUUGUGCUGGGUGGGUGGCAUCUUGGCCUCUGUUCUCGGAGUCUUGAUUCUUUACCGUUUGGUUGCGAGAAAGAGGAGACGAAAUGGGAGGGAAUGCGUUAAAAGGAUGAGAACCGCGAAGGACGAGGAGAGCAGAUCGGUGAACGAAAAUGGCGGGGGCGACUUUGACGUCAUCGUCGUCGGAGCUGGGGUGGCUGGCUCUGCUCUCGCCUACACGCUCGGGAAGGACGGCCGCCGAGUGCAUGUGAUUGAAAGGGACUUGUCGGAGCCUGACCGGAUUGUCGGAGAGCUAUUGCAACCAGGUGGUUACCUCAAACUGAUUGAGUUGGGACUUGAAGAUUGCGUGGAGAAAAUUGAUGCACAACAGGUGUUUGGUUAUGCACUCUUCAAGGAUGGACGAAAUACACGACUUUCCUAUCCACUGGAAAUGUUUAGCUCUGAUGUGUCUGGUAGGAGCUUCCACAAUGGCCGCUUCAUACAGAAAAUGCGGGAAAAAGCAGCCACUCUCCCCAACGUGCAACUGGAGCAAGGGACAGUCACUUCUUUGCUUGAAGACAAUGGAACUGUCAAAGGAAUCCAAUACAAGACAAGAACAGGUCAAGAGCUCACUGCAUAUGCACCCUUGACCGUUGUUUGUGAUGGAUGCUUCUCGAAUUUGCGACGUUCCCUUUGCGAUCCCAAGGUUGAUGUGCCGUCCUGUUUUGUUGGUCUAGUUCUGGAGAACUGCAACCUUCCUUAUGCGAACCAUGGGCACGUCAUUUUAGCUGAUCCCUCUCCAAUCCUCUUUUACCCCAUCAGUAGCACCGAGGUCCGCUGUCUGGUUGACGUACCAGGCCAAAAGGUGCCUUCAAUUUCAAACGGGGAAAUGGCAAACUAUCUAAAAACCGUGGUAGCACCUCAGGUUCCCCCUGAAAUCCUUGAUGCCUUUGUGGCAGCGGUGGAUAGAGGAAACAUGCGGACCAUGCCAAACAGAAGCAUGCCGGCCAUUCCACAUCCCACUCCAGGAGCUUUGCUAAUGGGGGACGCUUUCAAUAUGCGUCAUCCGUUAACCGGAGGAGGAAUGACCGUGGCACUCUCUGAUAUUGUUGUGCUACGGGAUCUUCUACGGCCUUUGAGGAACCUCAAUGAUGCGCCUGCUCUCUGCAGAUAUCUCGAAUCAUUCUACACGUUGCGUAAGCCGGUGGCAUCCACGAUAAAUACGCUGGCAGGGGCUUUGCACAAGGUCUUUUGUGCAUCGCCCGAUGAAGCAAGGAAGGAGAUGCGACAGGCAUGCUUCGACUAUCUUUGCCUUGGGGGCUUGUUCUCGACAGGACCCAUUUCUUUGCUCUCCGGUCUGAAUCCUCGUCCACUGAGCUUGGUUCUCCAUUUCUUUGCGGUUGCGAUCUAUGGUGUGGGGCGUUUGUUGCUGCCGUUCCCUUCUCCCAAACGCAUCUGGAUCGGAUUCAGAUUAAUUUCGGGCGCAUCCGGGAUUAUAUUCCCGAUCAUCCGAGCAGAAGGGGUUAGGCAAAUGUUCUUCCCGGCGACUGUCCCAGCAUAUUACAGAGCUCCACCGGUCAAGUGAGUGUCGGUUUAGUGAAGUUAGGUUGCUGCCGUGACCGAAGAAAGUUUUUGUAUUUUUAUGUGCAUCUGCUGCUCCUUUUUCAGAAGUCCAGGGAGGUUGAAUGUUCUCCCAACUAGGAGUUGAAUAGUUGAACUUAUAUACAUGUAAUUUAGCUUUUCUCUUGAUAGUAAGCCCACGUUUGGUGGUUCCA